UUCGUAAGAGCAGCUAUCAGCUCUUGCUGCCCACAUAUAUAUAUACAUGAUAUGUUUGUGUGUAUUUGAUUUCAUUCAUUCUUGAAGAAAAAUAGUAAAAUACACAAUCAUGGCAUGCAUAUCUUUUUCUUCUGAAACGGGAAACAAUAGUGGUAAUCAAAUGCGCCCACACUACAAACCCAAUCACAUUCCUGAUCCUAAUUAUGUCCGCAUCCUCGACACCACCCUCCGUGACGGCGAACAGUCCCCCGGCGCCGCUAUGACUCCCCAUCAGAAGCUCAACAUCGCCCGCCAGCUUGCGAAGCUUGGCGUGGACGUUAUUGAAGCAGGGUUUCCCUGUUCGUCCAAGGAUGACUUUGCUGCCGUAAAGAUGAUAGCACAAGAGGUAGGAAGCAACGUUGAUGAUGAUGGGUACGUGCCUGUCAUCGCCGGUGUUGCGAGAUGCAAUGAGAAGGACAUAGAAAUAGUUUGGGAAGCCGUAAAGGGCGCAAAGAGGCCAAGGAUCAGCACGUUCAUCGCCACUAGCGAGAUCCACAUGAAGCACAAGCUUAAGAAGACGAAGGAAGAGGUUCUUGAUAUUGCAUGCAGAAUGGUCAUGUUUGCACGGUCUUUGGGCUGUGAUGAUGUCCAAUUUGUUCCUGAAGAUGCUGCCAGAUCAGAGAAGGAGUUCCUUUAUGAAAUUCUUGGAGAAGUUAUAAAAGCUGGAGCAACAACUAUUGACAUACCUGACACCGUUGGUAUAGCAAUGCCAUGGGAAUUUGGAAAAUUAAUUGCAGAUAUAAAAACUAAUACUCAUGGAAUUGAAAAUGUUGUUAUUGUAACACAUUGUCACAAUGAUCUUGGACUAGCUGUUGCUAACACAAUAAUGGUUGUGAUGGCCUUAAAAUGCAGCGGACUUGAUGUCUUUGAUGGUUUAUAUACAACAAUCAACACAGAGCAUAUAUUAAAUACAAGCAAGAUGGUUGAAGAGUACACCAAUAUGCAUUUACAACCACACAAGGCUCUUGUAGGUGCUAAUGCGUUUAUUCAUGAAAGUGGUAUUCAUCAGGUUAGAUGGAUGUUAAAACAUAAAGCUACAUAUGAAAUAAUACUUUCGGAGUCUAUUGGGCUGGAAAGAUCCAAUGAAAUUGGCAUUGUAUUGGGAAAAUUUAGUGGACGACAAGGCUUAAUGAAGCGUCUUGAAGAGCUUGGUUAUCGCCUUAAAAACAAUGAAGUUGAUACUAUCUUUUGGAAAUUUAAAGCAGUGGCCGACAAGAAAAAGAGAGUGACUGAUGCUGACCUUAGAGAAUUGAUGUCAAAUGAACUUACUCAAGUGGAAUCUAUUUGGAAACUUGGUGACAUACAGGUGACUUGUGGAACUUUAAGUCUUUCAACAGCAACUAUUAGACUUAAUAAUAUUGUUGAUGGAAGCACACAUGUUGCUUGUUCCGUUGGUUCAGGGUCAAUAUAUUCUGUUUUCAAAGCAGUGAAUCUCAUUGUGAAGUUGGCACAUAUAUAUUGUGCUAUAAGUCUAGAGUACGAAGACACAUAUUUAUUAGCUGAAGAAAAAGUUCAACCAACCUUUAGUGGAAUUGGAGCAGGAACAGAUGUCGUUGUCUCCAGCAUUGCGGCCUAUAUUGAAGCCCUGAACAAGAUGUUGGAUUCCAAGAAAUAUUUUUUAUAUAAUAAUGUUUACUAA